GGUCGGUAUUGUACACAACGUGACGACGCUGACGACGGCGACGGUGGUUAAAUUCGAAUACACGACAGGCAGUUUGGCGGUUUGCGGCGAGCGUGAAUUCCCUACCGCGGAGGGCAUUGAUUAUCGUUUGGCGAGGGAUAUUGCACAGAUAGUGCCAUAACUGGCGAAUCUUGAAAAAGCUGCUCAUGCUAGAACGGAUGCAUAGCGGCUAGCGAGAAGCCAAAACGAUUAAGCUUAGCUUUUGAAUACGGAUUGUACGGUACGGCCAACGGAGCAUGAUCCGGUUUGGCAGCGGCUUGAAAUAAUUCAGUGCUCUAAUCAGACCGAGUCGGAACAAUAAUAAACAUUUAUAAGGAUUCUCCAUUGGGGAUUACGGACAAAGCGGGAAAGCAAAAGCAUACAAAGGCUGAAUAAUCUCAUCAAAUUAAAUCUGAUUAAUUGUAGAAAAAUAUUUCCCACUUUUUGCUAUUAGUGUCCUUUGGUGGGGGGAGUGUGAAAUCCCCGAGAGUUGUUUGAAACAAGGACAACAGUGCAGUCGGUCUGAAGUGGGUCAUUUGUCUAGCAUUGAAACAGAAACGACAGCAACUAACCGAGCGAACCGGCUGCAUAAAUUUAAUAAGCGAGAAAACAAAGUGUCCUUUGUAGCUUCGAUUUUCAAUGGAUUAAUUAAAACCAUUUAAUAGAAUAAAUAUAUUAUGUGCUUAUCUCCGUCGGCGACUCGUCGCUAACAGCAACAGUUGCACCAGUAAGACAAAGUGCUUGGUGUUGAAGCAAGUGAAAAAUAAGUGAAUUAAUAUACGCUCCUUAAGCGGGAUUAUCCGCGUUUUACCGCCUACAUCCGUUCUCCCUCCAGUAGAGGUAGAAAUCAACGCCUCCGACACAUUCUCGUUUCUGAAUUGUUAUACGGUCACAGUGGAGCGAAGAAGUGUACGAGAAAAGCGCGUGACCAAGUCUGAAGAAAGUAUUUUUCCAUCCUGUUGCACCCUUUUCCCUUCCAGGGAAUUCCUCAAGUUUGUUCGGUUUUCUUUCGUCCUUCAUUCGGUUAGUGGGAAAGUAUAGAAAAAUUAUGAUGCUCAACGUCGUGUGAAUAAAUUGUCUUCUGGCGUCUGCAUCAUAACGGUGCGAAGUGACGGCAACUGCUUUAGGUUUGGUCACCCAUCUAUGCUUCGGAACGUUGCUGGAAGAAGUAGCCGGAAAUGAAAUUUAAGUGAAACGAGCCUUACCCUGCGGUUAGGCGGUUUAUCCUGCGGCGACGAAAAUAGAAAAAAAGCGGGGAAGAAUAAUUGCGAGGAAGCGCCUCACAGUGAAGAAAUAUUGUUAUAAGCUGCGAGCUUCCCAGCCCACUUCCGGUGUUGCGUGAGUUGCGGUACAGUGUACUACGAGCGGGGUAAAAUUAACCGGAAAAUCAGCCCGCUAGUGAGAAGUGUGCUUUAGUGUUAAAUUAAAUUGAAGUGGUGUAAUUUGGUCGGUGGAUUCUUGGCUGCCACUGCUAAAGCUGGUGAUUUUGUUUUCCGUUAGUCCAUGACGCAUAGAAGUUUUUCCGGCGAGAGAAAAAUCCCACCACAGGAGUAACAAUAAGGUUACAUCCUCAUGGGCACACUGAAGGCGCCGAACUGAUAGUCCCGAUAGUCUAUAAAUCACUGCGGCUGCCACCAUCACCUGCACAAGCAAUGCGCAAACAUGUGUGUGACAACGAGAAUUUAUCCGUCUGCGCUAAGUGAACUGGAAAAUCCACUACUGAAACCGCUUUUUAUCAAUAUUCACAAAACAAUAAAAAUAAAAAUAAAACAUAAUCAUCGUAAUUGAGCCCCGUAACAUUUAUCACGGAAAAACUUCAAGCUCAGGCCGACUGGCAGCGCCAUUCAUACCCGAACAGAUUUCUCCGGGCUUCCGCACGUGCCACUACCCCCCCUACUACAUAUUAGAAGCAAGAGCAGCAUCCAGUGCGACACUUUGGUAUCCUUUGCUAUUUCCCAAGCAGGUCCCACGUGUGUCCCGAAUCGAUGCACUCAAUCACUUUGCAAGCUUGUCGUCGAUCCUUGCACCGAGCACAGCAGCCACAAUAAUAAUAAAAAUAACAACAACAAUAACAGCAUCGACAACGACUGAAGAAAAGCUUGGUGGCAGGUGGAAUCGAUUGGAAAUAAAGCGUGUGAAUGUGUUCCACCGACCGGGGGUGGAGGGGUGAAGUAGAAAAGCCUCAUCGUUGGUAGUGCAGUGAAGGAAAGAGCGCGAUCCGGCCAAGGACUGGCAAUCUUUAUCAGUUUUGCAGUGACUGAAUCUCGAAUACACAAUAGGAAGAGCGGGGCGGCGGUUCAACGAUGGGAAAAAUGAAACACCGCAUUGCAUUCAAAUUUAAUCAAGUGUUUCGUAUUAUAUUUAUCAAUAUCUUUAUUGCGCAUUUUACACUCGGAUUACAGCAGCCAGCAGCCGACAAGGAGAAACAUGUGAAAUCAUCCGAGAUCCAAGCGGUGGAAGGAAGGAAAAUCUCUCUACCGUGCCCAUUAUCGGCUCCGUCCAGGGACAAGGUUUACAUGGUGCUGUGGUUCAAGGACGAUGCCGGCAUCCCAUUGUACAGUUUCGACGUCCGAGGCAAACCUCUGCAGCAGGCUCGUCACUGGUCAGCACCGGAAAGUUUCGGUCCAAGAGCUCACUUCAACACUGACACGGAUCCGGCAACGCUGGACAUACAGGAUGUUCGACGACAUGACGAGGGUGUCUAUCGCUGCCGAGUUGACUUUCGUACCAGUCAAACGCAGAGCUUUCGAUACAAUCUCAGCAUCAUUAUUCUUCCCGAGCAUCCGGUAGUGCUGAAUCAAUGGGGUCAACAACUCAACAGCUCCAAACUGGGACCCAAAGAGGAAAGUGAUGACAUCGUUCUGACCUGCCGGGUCGUAGGCGGUCGACCACAACCGUCGGUUAAGUGGCUCAUCAAUGGCAUCCUGGUGGACGAACAAUACGAGCACAAUUCCGGUGACGUAAUAGAAAAUCGGCUCCUCUGGCCAGCCAUACAGCGAUCCGAUCUAAACUCGGUCUUUACCUGUCAAGCAACCAACACCCAACUGGCGGAGCCGAAGGAAAGCAGUUAUGUGCUGGAUUUACACCUGAAACCACUAAGCGUCAACAUAGUAAACCCACCAUCACCACUGGUUGCCGAUCGACGAUACGAAAUAUCCUGCGAGAGCGUUGGUUCCAGACCGAAUGCGAUAAUAACUUGGUACAAAGGAAAACGACAAUUACGACGGGCGAAGGAGGAAAUCCUGAAUAACACCACUCGGUCUGAGCUUUGCUUUGUACCGACCACGGAAGACGACGGUAAGCUGAUAACGUGCCGAGCGGAGAAUCCAAAUGUUACCGGGCUGUUUUUGGAAACCUCGUGGAAGAUUGAAGUAGUCUAUCCACCAAUUGUCUCGCUUCGGCUCGGUUCGACACUCUCAGCGGAAGACAUCAAGGACGGUGACGAUGUUUACUUCGAGUGUCACGUUCAAGCCAAUCCUCCGUGGAGGAAAUUACACUGGCUACAUGACGGUAUAAUGAUAACUCACAACGCUUCCGCCAGGGUUAUCCGUUCAAACCAGAGCCUGGUACUGCAGAAGGUAAACCGUAAUUCGUCCGGAAAUUAUUCGUGCAGUGCAAUCAAUGCCGAGGGAGAAACGGUCAGCAAUCAGCUGGCACUGCGGAUCAAGUACGCACCAGUAUGUGCGACGGAAAAAAUAAUCAUCGUGGGAGCUUUCCGGAGUGAGUCUCUGCACAUUCCGUGUGAGGUCCACGCUGAUCCGCCGCCGCGUCAAUUCUACUGGAAGUUUAAUAACUCAGGCGAAACGCUAGAAAUAACCAAAGAGCGGUUUGUUAAAAACGGUUCACUGAGCGUUCUAAACUACACGCCCGUUUCCGAUCAGGACUAUGGCACGCUGACUUGCUGGGGACAGAACGAAGUGGGCCUACAGCAGUGGCCCUGCUUCUUUCAGGUCGUGCUAGCCGGUUUGCCAUCGACAGUGAAAAACUGCACGAUAAACAAUCAAACGCAGACCUCGGUGGAAGUGCAGUGCCUGGCCGGGUAUGACGGCGGUUUACCGCAGAUUUUUAUGCUCGAGCUUGUUUCGAGCCGAACGGGAAGACUGCGGUACAAUGUAACAAACCCGGAUGAGCCAUAUUUUGUGAUAGAAUCGUUGGAAUCGCUUAUCCACUAUAACAGCUACGAUGACUUGGGCGAUGACAACGCUUUCAAGGCUGUCAUAUAUGCUGUUAACCAAAAGGGAAGAAGCCAGGGCAUAGUGAUCAAGGACUUUUUUCUCGAAACGACUACUACGGAAAACCGAGCUGUUUUAACGAGCAACUCAUUAGAUAGUAUUUCGCCUAUUCUGUUUGGUGUUUUGCUCACUCUACUGAUACUGUGCUUUGUGAUUUUUAUACGAGUUUAUUACAUCAAAAUAACAACCACAUCGUCAACCAUCACGAACGUUAGCAGUGAUUUGAUUGGUAACUCCAAACAGCACACUUCCAAGCAAGAUCAGUCUUCCAAGAAAAACUCCAAACAGAGCCCACGGUGGCAACACGGUGGUGGGGGAUCCGGUCCCGGAGGUACAGGCGGCCCAGGCUCAGGGAUCGGAGGGGACCAUCAACACCACCACCAGCAACAGCAGCACGGCGGAGGAAUGGUAGGCACUAAGGAUGGCAAGUUCGACCAAGCGGAUGACGACAGGGGCGAUCCGGACGUGAUUCCGGCGCAGUACGUGUCGAACGACGGAGAGGAUUCCAGUUUCAAUUCAUCCAAAUGGCCUAAUGGGAACUACUACGACCGAUAUCCGAACCAUGAUAUACGACCAACAGAGUUGCUGAUACCACCGACGGGCAGGUCUCAUCUCAUCGGAGGCGUCGGAGUUAGUCUGGGUAGCAGCACAACAUCCACGCCGGUGGUAAAUCAAUUACAUCCGAACAUUAACCAAUGUGGCGAUCCCUCGGCUAACCUCAAGCUUCACGGUGCGUUCUACACAUCGACGGGCCCACCGACAGCCCCCGGCUCGACGAUAGCGCUGUACGGGGGAGGUACCGCCGGGAUCAGCAUCGGUAGCGGUCACCAUCAAUCAAACAGUCUGCUCCCCAACGGAGGGCUGGAAACUGCUCUCGGCAGUACUGCUGCAACCGGCAGCACCGGAACGCAAGAGGGUAAUCUGAAUGAUUACGACAUCAAUGUACAUACCAUCAAAAAUAUGUUAAUGACCACUAGGGUACCGGAGAGCUGCGUUUAGUUACUAUAUUGCUUAGAGAAAUUCGUAUUCUGGCGAUGAGUACGGGAAUGUACUGAUUUCUAAAUCCGGCCGGAAUAUCCGAUAUUUCUAAAUGUGCGCAGGACAGUGGAUGAUAGUUGUAUGGUUAGACUAGAUAAAUUUUAGUUAAUACGAAUGAAUCGAGAGCAAACAACACUCAAUCAGAAAGAAAUCUUAGGCUACAAUAUGUUGAGUUUUUGUUAUGCGCGAACAUAAAUUGGUCUCAAGAUUUUUCAGUCCACCACACAUUUAUAUUCACUUCUGACAUAGUAUUGGUCAUUAGAAAUUUGUUUAAUUCAUUACUACCCUAUUUUUAGAUAUGCAAUUUGAAAAUUUAUAUAAACCUAUCGAUUGUAAUUAUCGAUUCUUUGAUACUUCUCUGUUUAAUGUGUAUAGCAAGCAAAUGUUAGGUAUGAUUGUAACAUUAAUCUUCGAAAAGAGUACUGUAGAUAAAAACAGAGUGUAUUUUUAAGCAAGAAAUGAAAAUCCCAAUUUGGCAGUGGAAUAAAGUGAAGCAAAGCCGUGUUUAAAGCAUGUUUAAUAACUCAUAAGAAAUGGGUGUUCUCAUGAAGAUGAAAAAUAAAAGACUAAUUUAGCGACAUUUAAGUCACUGAUUGUUUCGGAAACUAUAGUAUACAGUGUAUACUUAACACCUAUGCAGUUAAGAGUUGGUAACAAUAAUUUAUUGGUGCCUCUGUUGAUACCAUAAAAAUUAAGUUGUAUGUAGUACCCGUAUCAAGAUUAGUUUCAAACGAAACCAAAGCAUCAUCAAUCGUUGUACAUGUGCCAAGAAACCCAUAUCCUAAAAACUAAACUGAAAAAUCUUCCAAAACACGUACUAUUUUAAUCGUAUUUAUAUACCUUCAGUUACUCCCCAUUCGUCAUACUGAAAUACUGCCUAAUUCUCCGUUAACCCUUUUAAUGCAUAUCCAAGAAUCGAUCAGAUUUUUUACAUCAAUCAUAGAAUAUUUCUAAACGACGAACGCAUACUAAAGAAACACAUUUCCUGAAGAGAACUAUAGAGGACAUUUUUGCCACUUUCGGAGGAAAGUUAGGAGAAAAAGUUAGAAUAAAAGUUGUUCGUUGUGAAAAUAAUUCGAAAACGGAAGCAUAACCAAGUGAACUCAGAACAAUUAAAAAUAAACGAGAUGAAUCAUUGUUAUAAAACUAAGCAGAUAUAUAAAAAAGCCUUUCACAAAA